AUGGCGAGCGCUUUAAUAUCGAACCCGUACGCUGCUCAGCAAAGCGCACACUACGGAUACGUCCAACCGCCUCAACCUCCCCCAUCGCCUCCCAUGGACGAGACAUCAAAGUGCUCUCUCCCCUCCAUCUCAAAUCUUCUCGGCCUCGCAGACCAGGGUUCGCCCACAUCUGAGACGCACCCUCAGAUUCCUCAGCAAGCAUCCUCCCAAAAGUCCGAGACGAGACCAAGCUCUUCUCACUAUGGCCGCGGCGGACUUCCUCCCACGCCUCCCAUGAGCUCCGACGCCUCCUUCGAUGGCUACAACUCUCCCUCAACGAGAUCCGUCAGCCAGCUUUCCGUCGUCUCCCAACCCCAGAGCAACUACUACUAUGAGUCCACGCCGCCUCUGGAAGCCGAAGCCCACCGCCACAUGGCCCCCAUGAUCCCAAGAGUGCCCGUACAAGGCUCAUAUGCCCAGGCCCAGCCUUUCCCGCCUGCCUACAUGCCCGCCCACAACCCCAUGGCGGCUUCCUACUAUCCUCCUAUGCAGCACACCCCUCCUCCUCAGGCCCAGAUCUCUGGCAUCUACUACCAGCGCCCUCUCCCCCAACAAUUCCCGCCCAUGGCCCCCGUUCCCGUCGGCAUGGGACCCAACGGCACCAACCCGUGGCAACAUCACCACUACAUCUCCCCUUCCUCGGCGGCAUCCUUCCCCCAGAGCCAGGAUCGCUACAUCUGCCAGACCUGCAACAAGGCCUUCUCCCGCCCUUCAUCCCUCCGCAUCCACAGCCACUCCCACACCGGCGAGAAGCCCUUCAAGUGCCCGCACGCCGGCUGCGGCAAGGCUUUCAGCGUCCGCAGCAACAUGAAGCGUCACGAACGCGGAUGCCACAACUUUGAGAGCGGCAGCACCUGCAGCAACUGA